CGAUGAUGGUAUGCAGAGCCAGGGAGCCAAUGCCAUUGGGUAUCCAUGCGUGCAUCUGUCCGGAUGUCCGUCUGUUCGCUGUCCGUAGCAUCAUUUUUCCUAAUAUGCUAAUGAACUAUCGAACGAACUGCAUCUGGCGCAGGCAAUGCCGCCUUUGAUGCAGCGGCCGACUCUUUUCCAAGGUUACCGCAGUCCGAGUCUGUCAUUCCAUAUCCGUUGCUGUAUGUAAAGGGUAUCUGGCAUUCCUAUUUCACUUUGUGGGAGUGGUGGUGGUGGUGGCGGUGGCGUUGAGUGGAAUGGUCUGAGCGAAUACGGU